CAGUAAGCAUGUGCCUGGGCUGCUGAGCCGCUUCCUCGGGCUGGCCGGGGCGGGCGGCGAGCGGAGGCGAGGCGGAGGUGGCGGGGAGGAGCGCGCCGAGCGAGGAGCGGCGAGGGCUGGCCUCGGUGCUAGCGGAACGCGCUCGCCCCGCAGACAUGGGCUCGGUCUGCGGCCGCUGACCGGGUCCUCGUGCCGGCUCGCCGGAGCGCCGCGGCUCCCCGGGCACCAGGGUGUAGGCGCUGACCGCGGAGGAGCAGAGCCGCACCGCUGGCUGCGCGUGUUCUGGCCGCUCGGUGCCUGACCUGGGUCAGGACUUUCCGGAAAGACAUGUCUGACAAAAUGUCUAGUUUCCUGCACAUCGGAGACAUUUGUUCUCUGUACGCAGAGGGAUCAACAAAUGGAUUCAUUAGCACCUUGGGCCUGGUUGACGAUCGGUGUGUGGUGCAGCCAGAAACCGGGGACCUUAACAACCCACCUAAGAAAUUCAGAGACUGCCUCUUCAAGCUAUGCCCCAUGAACCGCUACUCGGCCCAGAAGCAGUUCUGGAAAGCAGCCAAGCCCGGCGCCAACAGCACCACCGACGCAGUGCUGCUCAACAAGUUGCACCACGCUGCAGACUUGGAAAAGAAACAGAAUGAGACAGAAAACAGGAAGCUGCUGGGGACCGUGAUCCAGUAUGGCAACGUCAUCCAGCUCCUGCACCUGAAGAGCAAUAAAUACCUGACAGUGAACAAGAGGCUCCCGGCACUGCUGGAGAAGAACGCCAUGCGGGUGACGCUGGACGAGGCGGGGAACGAAGGCUCCUGGUUCUACAUCCAGCCCUUCUACAAGCUGCGCUCCAUCGGAGACAGCGUGGUCAUCGGGGACAAGGUUGUGCUGAACCCUGUCAAUGCUGGUCAGCCCCUGCAUGCCAGCAGCCACCAGCUCGUGGACAACCCAGGCUGCAACGAGGUCAACUCCGUCAACUGCAACACGAGCUGGAAAAUCGUGCUUUUCAUGAAAUGGAGCGACAACAAGGAUGACAUCCUGAAGGGGGGCGACGUGGUGAGGCUGUUCCAUGCCGAGCAGGAGAAGUUUCUCACCUGUGACGAGCACCGCAAGAAGCAGCAUGUGUUCCUGAGGACCACUGGCCGCCAGUCGGCCACGUCGGCCACCAGCUCCAAGGCCCUGUGGGAGGUAGAGGUUGUCCAGCAUGACCCGUGUCGGGGCGGCGCCGGUUACUGGAACAGCCUCUUCCGUUUCAAGCAUCUGGCCACGGGGCAUUACUUAGCAGCAGAGGUAGACCCUGACUUUGAGGAAGAAUGCCUGGAGUGUCAGCCCCCAGUGGACCCUGACCAGGAUGCCUCUAGAAGCAGGCUGCGGAAUGCCCCGGAAAAGAUGGUCUACUCACUGGUCUCUGUGCCUGAAGGCAAUGACAUCUCCUCCAUCUUUGAGCUGGACCCCACCACCCUCCGGGGAGGCGACAGCCUGGUCCCAAGGAACUCCUAUGUCCGACUCAGACACUUGUGCACCAAUACCUGGGUUCACAGCACCAACAUCCCCAUUGACAAGGAGGAGGAAAAGCCGGUGAUGCUGAAAAUCGGCACCUCCCCUGUGAAGGAGGACAAGGAAGCGUUUGCCAUUGUUCCUGUUUCUCCUGCGGAAGUGCGAGACCUGGACUUCGCAAAUGACGCCAGCAAGGUGCUGGGCUCCAUCGCUGGGAAGCUGGAGAAGGGCACCAUCACCCAGAAUGAGCGCCGGUCUGUCACCAAGCUGCUGGAAGACCUGGUUUACUUUGUCACCGGAGGAACCAACUCUGGCCAAGAUGUCCUUGAAGUGGUCUUCUCUAAGCCCAACAGAGAGCGGCAGAAGCUGAUGCGAGAACAGAACAUCCUCAAGCAGAUCUUCAAGUUGCUGCAGGCACCCUUCACCGACUGUGGCGACGGCCCCAUGCUGCGUCUGGAGGAGCUGGGGGACCAGCGGCAUGCACCCUUCCGGCACAUCUGCCGCCUGUGCUACCGCGUCCUGCGGCACUCGCAGCAGGAUUACAGGAAGAACCAGGAGUACAUCGCCAAGCAGUUCGGCUUCAUGCAGAAGCAGAUCGGCUACGAUGUGCUGGCCGAGGACACCAUCACUGCCCUGCUGCACAACAACCGCAAGCUGCUGGAGAAGCACAUCACCGCGGCCGAGAUCGACACCUUCGUCAGUCUGGUGCGCAAGAACCGGGAGCCCAGGUUCCUCGAUUACCUCUCUGACCUCUGUGUGUCCAUGAACAAAUCCAUCCCAGUGACCCAGGAACUGAUCUGCAAGGCUGUACUGAACCCUACCAACGCUGACAUCCUCAUCGAGACCAAGCUGGUUCUUUCUCGUUUCGAGUUUGAAGGGGUGUCUAGCGGAGAGAGCGCCCUGGAGGCUGGCGAGGACGAGGAGGAGGUGUGGCUGUUCUGGAGAGACAGCCACAAAGAGGUGCGCAGCAAGAGCGUGCGGGAGCUGGCCCAGGACGCCAAAGAGGGACAGAAGGAAGACCGAGAUGUCCUCAGCUACUACCGGUACCAGCUGAACCUCUUCGCUAGGAUGUGUCUGGACCGCCAGUACCUGGCCAUCAACGACAUCUCGGGCCAGCUGGACGUGGACCUCAUCCUGCGCUGCAUGUCGGACGAGAACCUGCCCUACGACCUGCGGGCAUCCUUCUGCCGCCUCAUGCUGCACAUGCAUGUGGACCGAGACCCGCAGGAGCAGGUCACGCCUGUGAAGUACGCCCGCCUCUGGUCAGAGAUCCCCUCGGAGAUCGCCAUCGACGACUAUGAUAGCAGUGGGACUUCCAAAGAUGACAUCAAGGAGAGGUUCUCCCAGACCAUGGAGUUCGUGGAGGAGUACCUGCGAGACGUGGUUUGCCAGAGGUUCCCAUUCUCUGAUAAGGAGAAAAACAAGCUCACCUUUGAGGUUGUGAAUUUAGCUAGGAACCUCAUAUACUUCGGGUUCUACAAUUUCUCCGACCUCCUGCGGUUAACCAAGAUCCUCCUGGCCAUAUUAGACUGUGUGCACGUGACGACCAUCUUCCCUGUCAGCAAGAUGGCCAAGGGAGAGGAGAGCAAAGGCAGCAACGUGAUGAGGUCCAUCCACGGGGUUGGGGAGCUGAUGACCCAGGUGGUGCUCCGGGGUGGGGGCUUUCUGCCUAUGACCCCCAUGGCCACCGCACCUGAGGGCAACGUGAAGCAGGCGGAGCCCGAGAAGGAGGACAUCAUGGUCAUGGACACCAAGCUGAAGAUCAUCGAGAUCCUGCAGUUCAUUUUGAACGUGAGGUUGGAUUACCGCAUCUCCUGCCUCCUGUGCAUAUUCAAGCGGGAGUUUGACGAAAGCAACUCCCAGACGACAGAAGCAGCAUCCGGAAGCAGCAGCCCUGAAGGGCCCAGUAAUGUCCCAGGUGCUCUCGACUUCGAACACAUCGAGGAGCAAGCAGAAGGCAUCUUUGGAGGAAGGAAAGAGAACACGCCGCUGGACCUGGAUGACCACGGCGGCAGGACCUUCCUGCGCGUGCUGCUGCACUUGACCAUGCACGACUACCCGCCCCUGGUGUCGGGGGCCCUGCAGCUGCUCUUCCGGCACUUCAGUCAGAGGCAGGAGGUCCUACAGGCCUUCAAGCAGGUCCAGCUGCUGGUGACCAGCCAGGAUGUGGACAACUACAAACAGAUCAAGCAGGACCUGGAUCAGCUGAGGUCCAUCGUGGAGAAGUCGGAGCUCUGGGUGUACAAGGGGCAGGGGCCCGAUGAGACCAUGGACGGUGCUUCUGGAGAAAAUGAACACAAGAAAGCAGAGGAGGGGAACAACAAGUCGCAGAAGCACGAGAGCGCCAGCAGCUACAACUACAGGGUGGUCAAGGAGAUCUUGAUUCGGCUCAGCAAACUCUGCGUGCAGGAGAGCGCCUCAGUGAGGAAGAGCAGGAAGCAGCAGCAGCGACUGCUGCGGAACAUGGGCGCGCACGCCGUGGUGCUGGAGCUGCUGCAGAUCCCCUACGAGAAGGCUGAGGAUACCAAGAUGCAAGAGAUCAUGAGGCUGGCUCAUGAAUUUUUGCAGAAUUUCUGUGCAGGCAACCAGCAGAAUCAAGCCUUGCUGCAUAAACACAUCAACCUGUUUCUCAACCCUGGGAUCCUCGAGGCCGUGACGAUGCAGCACAUCUUCAUGAACAACUUCCAGCUGUGCAGUGAGAUCAACGAGAGAGUUGUCCAGCACUUCGUUCACUGCAUAGAGACCCACGGCCGCAACGUCCAGUAUAUAAAGUUCCUGCAGACUAUCGUCAAGGCAGAAGGGAAAUUUAUUAAAAAGUGCCAAGACAUGGUCAUGGCCGAGCUGGUCAACUCCGGAGAGGAUGUCCUUGUGUUCUACAACGACAGAGCAUCUUUCCAGACGCUGAUCCAGAUGAUGAGGUCGGAGCGUGACCGCAUGGACGAGAACAGCCCACUCAUGUACCACAUCCACCUGGUGGAGCUCCUGGCCGUGUGCACCGAAGGCAAGAACGUUUACACGGAGAUCAAGUGCAACUCCCUGCUCCCGCUGGACGAUAUCGUCCGCGUGGUCACCCAUGAGGACUGCAUUCCCGAGGUGAAAAUCGCAUACAUAAACUUCCUGAACCACUGCUACGUGGACACCGAGGUGGAGAUGAAGGAGAUCUACACCAGCAACCACAUGUGGAAGCUCUUUGAGAAUUUCCUGGUGGACAUCUGCAGGGCCUGUAACAACACAAGCGACAGGAAGCACGCGGACUCGAUCCUGGAGAAGUACGUUACUGAAAUUGUCAUGAGCAUUGUCACGACCUUCUUCAGUUCUCCCUUCUCGGACCAGAGCACAACUCUGCAGACUCGCCAGCCCGUCUUUGUGCAGCUGCUGCAGGGUGUAUUCAGAGUUUACCACUGCAACUGGCUGAUGCCAAGCCAGAAGGCGUCUGUAGAGAGCUGCAUCCGGGUGCUGUCUGACGUGGCCAAGAGCCGGGCCAUUGCCAUUCCUGUGGACCUGGACAGCCAAGUCAACAACCUCUUCCUGAAGUCCCACAACAUCGUGCAGAAAACAGCCAUGAACUGGCGUCUGUCCGCCCGCAAUGCUGCCCGCAGGGACUCGGUCCUGGCGGCUUCCAGAGACUACCGGAAUAUCAUUGAGAGACUGCAGGACAUCGUCUCGGCGCUGGAGGACCGGCUCCGGCCCCUGGUCCAGGCAGAGCUGUCUGUGCUCGUGGAUGUCCUGCAUAGACCCGAGCUGCUCUUCCCGGAGAACACGGAUGCCAGGAGGAAGUGUGAAAGUGGCGGCUUCAUUUGCAAGUUAAUCAAGCACACCAAGCAGCUGCUGGAAGAGAACGAGGAGAAGCUGUGCAUUAAAGUCUUGCAGACCCUCCGGGAAAUGAUGACCAAGGACAGAGGCUACGGGGACAAGCAAAUUUCCAUUGAUGAAGUGGACAAUGCCGAGCUGCCACCAACUCCGGAUUCCGACAACUCCACAGAGCAGGAGCUUGAACCAAGUCCACCCCUGAGGCAACUGGAAGACCAUAAAAGGGGUGAGGCGCUCAGGCAAAUUUUGGUCAACCGUUACUAUGGAAACGUCAGACCUUCGGGAAGAAGAGAGAGCCUGACCAGCUUUGGCAAUGGCCCGCUGUCACCAGGAGCCCCCAGCAAGCCUGGGGGAGGAGGAGGAGGUUCCGGAUCCAGCUCCGUGAGCAGGGGUGACAUGAGCCUGGCCGAGGUUCAGUGCCACCUUGACAAGGAGGGGGCCUCCAAUCUGGUGAUCGACCUGAUCAUGAAUGCCUCCAGCGACCGGGUCUUCCACGAGAGCAUUCUCCUGGCCAUCGCCCUUCUGGAGGGAGGCAACACCACCAUCCAGCAUUCUUUUUUCUGCCGGUUGACUGAAGAUAAGAAGUCGGAGAAGUUCUUCAAGGUCUUUUACGACAGGAUGAAAGUGGCCCAGCAGGAAAUCAAGGCGACUGUGACGGUGAACACCAGUGACCUGGGGAACAAGAAGAAAGACGACGAGGUGGACAGGGAUGCCCCGUCUCGGAAGAAAGCCAAGGAGCCCUCAACCCAGAUCACGGAGGAGGUGCGGGAUCAGCUCUUGGAGGCGUCCGCUGCCACCAGGAAGGCCUUCUCCACGUUCAGGAGGGAGGCUGACCCAGACGACCACUAUCAGCCGGGCGAGGGCGCACAGGCCACGGCCGACAAGACCAAGGAUGAGCUGGAGAUGAGCGCUGUCAUCACCAUCAUGCAGCCCAUCCUCCGCUUCCUGCAGCUGCUGUGUGAAAACCACAACCGAGACCUGCAGAACUUCCUCCGUUGCCAGAGCAACAAGACCAACUACAAUCUGGUGUGCGAGACCCUGCAGUUCCUGGACUGCAUCUGCGGAAGCACUACGGGAGGUCUGGGGCUCCUCGGCCUGUACAUCAACGAGAAGAACGUGGCCCUCAUCAACCAGACCCUGGAGAGUCUGACCGAGUACUGCCAGGGGCCGUGCCACGAGAACCAGAACUGCAUCGCCACCCAUGAGUCCAAUGGCAUCGACAUCAUCACCGCCCUCAUCCUCAACGACAUCAACCCUCUGGGGAAGAAGAGGAUGGACCUGGUGCUGGAGCUGAAGAACAACGCUUCCAAGCUGCUCCUGGCCAUCAUGGAGAGCAGGCAUGACAGCGAGAACGCCGAGAGGAUCCUUUACAACAUGCGGCCCAAGGAGCUGGUGGAGGUGAUCAAGAAGGCCUACAUGCAAGGCGAAGUGGAAUUUGAAGACGGAGAGAACGGCGAGGAUGGGGCCGCCUCCCCAAGGAACGUGGGGCACAACAUCUACAUCCUGGCUCAUCAGUUGGCGCGACACAACAAGGAACUGCAGAGCAUGCUGAAGCCUGGCGGCCAGGUGGACGGCGAUGAGGCGCUGGAGUUUUACGCCAAGCACACGGCACAGAUAGAGAUCGUGCGGCUGGACCGAACCAUGGAGCAGAUCGUGUUCCCCGUGCCCAGCAUCUGCGAGUUCCUGACCAAGGAGUCCAAGCUGCGCAUCUACUACACCACCGAGAGAGACGAGCAGGGCAGCAAGAUCAACGACUUCUUCCUGCGCUCCGAGGACCUCUUCAACGAGAUGAACUGGCAGAAGAAGCUGAGAGCCCAGCCCGUGCUGUACUGGUGUGCACGCAACAUGUCCUUCUGGAGCAGCAUCUCCUUCAACCUGGCCGUGCUCAUGAACCUGCUGGUGGCCUUCUUCUACCCGUUCAGAGGCGUGCGAGGAGGAACGCUGGAGCCGCACUGGUCGGGCCUCCUGUGGACGGCCAUGCUCCUGUCCCUGGCCAUCGUCAUCGCCCUCCCCAAGCCCCACGGCAUCCGCGCCUUAAUCGCCUCCACAAUCCUACGGCUGAUAUUCUCGGUCGGGCUGCAGCCCACGUUGUUUCUGCUGGGAGCCUUCAACGUCUGCAACAAAAUCAUCUUUCUCAUGAGCUUUGUGGGCAACUGUGGCACGUUCACAAGAGGCUACCGCGCCAUGGUGCUGGACGUGGAGUUCCUGUACCACCUGUUGUACCUGCUCAUCUGUGCCAUGGGGCUCUUUGUGCACGAAUUCUUCUACAGCCUGCUGCUCUUUGAUUUAGUAUACAGAGAAGAGACUUUGCUCAACGUCAUCAAGAGUGUCACCCGCAAUGGCCGCUCCAUCAUUCUGACGGCAGUGCUGGCUCUGAUCCUGGUCUACCUGUUCUCCAUUGUGGGCUACCUCUUCUUCAAGGAUGACUUCAUCCUGGAGGUAGACAGGUUACCCAACGAGACAGCUCUCCCAGAGUCCGGCGAGAGCCUGGCGAGCGACUUCCUGUACUCUGACGUGUGUCGGGUGGAGACAGGGGGCAACUGCUCCUCCCUGGAGCCCGGGGAAGAGCUCAUCCCCGUCGGGGAGACGGAGCAGGACGAGGAGCACACGUGCGAGACGCUGCUGAUGUGCAUCGUCACUGUGCUGAGCCACGGGCUGCGGAGUGGGGGCGGCGUGGGCGACGUGCUCAGGAAGCCGUCCAAAGAGGAGCCCCUCUUUGCCGCGAGAGUGAUCUACGACCUCCUGUUCUUCUUCAUGGUCAUCAUCAUCGUCCUCAACCUGAUUUUCGGGGUCAUCAUUGACACCUUUGCCGACCUGAGGAGCGAGAAGCAGAAGAAAGAGGAGAUCUUGAAGACCACCUGCUUCAUCUGCGGCCUGGAAAGAGACAAGUUUGACAAUAAGACGGUCACUUUCGAGGAGCACAUCAAAGAGGAGCACAACAUGUGGCACUACCUGUGCUUCAUCGUCCUGGUGAAGGUGAAGGACUCCACCGAGUACACGGGGCCCGAGAGCUACGUGGCCGAGAUGAUCAAGGAACGCAACCUCGACUGGUUCCCACGGAUGCGAGCCAUGUCCCUGGUCAGCAGCGACUCGGAGGGCGAGCAGAACGAGCUGCGCAGCCUGCAGGAGAAGCUGGAGUCCACCAUGAGACUGGUCAGCAACCUCUCGGGGCAGCUGUCGGAGCUCAAAGACCAGAUGACAGAACAGAGGAAGCAGAAACAAAGAAUCGGUCUUCUAGGACAUCCUCCGCACAUGAACGUCAACCCGCAGCAGCCGGCCUGAGCGGGCGCGGCGCGGCUCGGCGCAGCUGUGGGUCCUCGGUGGAGGAGCGCCCCGCCGGGCCCGGGGUACGUGUCGUAAUCACGUGUCGGCAGGACGACGGUCAUCUGUGCCAAAAACGCUACCAUGCCUUUUUUGGAAGGACGAAACAAAGCACCUGAUUUGCACUUGAAACCAGAUCAUAGAUUUCAAAGUAUAUGACAUGUAUUUUGUAUUUAAAGCUAGAAUAGCCAGUAUUUAUGUUUUUUAUACAACUGUGCAAUACAAAUUAUGCAAUCACCACGAACUUGUAACUCCCGAGUGUCCUGCCGGGAGUCACGUCUUUGAAGCUGGUGUGUUCAUUCUCUGUCAAACGGUCAAGCGUCCAGUCUGCUGCUGCCAGACGCACACGCAGCCCAGGCCCCGGGCCUGCGGGCCGUGCCCCUGUCCUCCAGGGAGGCUGCAGCUCCUGGCGCCAGGGCCUUGGGGGCCGUGCCCCACCCAUGAACUGUAAAGUCAGCGCUCAUUUUAGGAAAAGCAACUUUAGUUUCAGAGAUACUUUUAGGCUUCUAAAUAGAUCAUUUAAUCUAUUUCUUUAAAUAAAAGAGCCGUUUAGAGGCUCUUACUUUAGCUUGUGAGGAAGUUACAGAAUUUUUUAAGGGAACUUUCUAUGCAAUGUUUGGGAUGAAUGCACAGCGCGGAGCGGUCCGUGUCACCUCGUGCGUGAAUUCUGACCACGGCAGGAAGAACCGCGUGACGGAUGGCUCGCAGGUGACCUAGUGCAGGCCGAAGCAGCGUAGCACAGUAGCUAGAAGUAGUAGCGCUAUAUGCAACCGUGUAGGGGCAAACAGGAACCACCCUGUUAGAAUUCACAGCGGGACACCGACGUGCCCUUCCUCUGAAAGCCGCGUUUGGGUUUUGUUUCUUCGCCACCCUGAUUGCUUGAUGGAUGAGAAGUGUGAAAGGAGACUUUUCUAUCUGUUGCCCAGUUUUGUAUCUGGAUCUCAUUUUACAAGAGAAUCUCUGCACAGAAGUUUUAAAAUGUACUGAAAGCAGAGUCCUGAAAUGAGUACAGUUUGUAAAUGCAUAUAUAAACUAUUUAAUAAACUACGCGAAAAAAGAAA